CGGUUGUCCCCCGGUUGUGUCGCGGUCCCGCGUGUGCGCAGCGCUGGGGGUGCCGCGGGUGGGGCCGUGCCCGGUGCCUCCCGCGAGGGCCGGGCCGGGCCCUUUAAGAAGCUCCACCCGCGGCCGAUCCCAGGUGGAGCCGAGGGGGCCCUUCGCACCUCGGCCGGCGCGGCCCGGGAGAUGGUGCUGCGGGCGGCGGGGGUAGCUGCGAGCCCGGCGGACGCGCGUGGGAGCCCCGCGGGUCAGUGCGGCCAGGGGAAGGCGACGCUCGCCAUGAGCUCGUCGGCGCUGCUGGCUGAGGGCCCCCUCGACCCCCCGGUGCUGCUGGCUGACAUCAAGACGGAGCCCCCCGAGGAGCUGCUGGCCAGCGACUGCAGCCAGCCCCAGGCUGAACCCGUCGAUCUCUCCCUCAACAAAUCUAAGGUGGCUCCGGCCUCGGCCCCGCCGCCUCCACCCCCCACCUCGGUCCAGUCUUCCCCCAUGCUGGUGGCUCCCCCGCUUCCCGCUCCCACCACCGUGUCCGUCCCGCCCUCCGGCCUCAGCUCCACCUCGGCCAUCCCGGCUGUCCUCUCACCCGGCUCCAUCCUGGCCUCCACGCAGGGCAGCAGCGGGCAGCAGAUCCUCCAUGUCAUCCACACCAUCCCCUCCGUCAACCUGCCCAGCAAGAUGGGCAACCUGCAGACCAUCCCCGUGGUGGUGCAGUCGCUCCCCGUCGUCUACACCACCGUGCCCACGGACGGCGUCACCGCCAUUACCGUGCCCCUCAUCGGGGGGGAUGGCAAGAACGCUGGGUCUGCUUUCCUUUCCCGGACCCCUCCAGUGAAAAUGGACCCCAGCUCCGUGUACCCCAUGGACAUGAACAGUGACAGCGAGGACAGCGCCUCCGAGAGCGGCCCAGCGCCUUUCCAGGACCUGCAGAGAGAGCCAGCAGCACGGGGGCCCAGAGCCGAUUCCCCGGACCUGAAGAAGCGGCGCAUCCACCAGUGCGACUUCGAGGGCUGCAAUAAGGUCUACACCAAAAGCUCCCACCUCAAAGCCCACCGGAGGAUACACACAGGCGAGAAGCCCUACAAAUGCACGUGGGAAGGCUGCACCUGGAAGUUCGCCCGCUCGGACGAGCUCACCCGGCACUUCCGCAAGCACACGGGCAUCAAACCCUUCCGCUGCUCGGACUGCGACCGCAGCUUCUCCCGCUCCGACCACCUGGCCCUGCACCGCCGGCGGCACGUCAUGAUGUGAGCGGUGCCCGCCGGGCUGGGCUGGGCCGCGCCGGGAGCCGGGAGCGCCUCCCUCCCUGCCUCCCUGCCUCCAUCCAUCCAUCCCCGGCGCUCCUGCGGGGCGGGGCAGGGACUGCGGGAGCGCCGGGGCCGAGCCGUGCCCGCGGCAGGAGCCCCGCCGGCACGGGACGGCGAGCAAUGGAUUCGGGACUGCUGCCCCUUCUCUCCUGUCCCCGGUUGUUUUUAUUCCUGGGUUUGCCCUCGCCUGGAGGCUCCUUGACUCCUCACCUGGAGGCUCCUUGACUCCUCACCUGGACUUCAGCCAGCAGCUGCCUCAGGCUCUUCAGCCUCCUGCCCGUUGCCCCUCGUGUGCUCCCGGUGCCCUGCCCCUCCCAGUGCCCGUGGGCAAAAUCUGGGAGCCGUGGCAAGGACAGGGGCAGGGGGUGAUGGCCCCCGUGGAGGAGCUGUUGGCCAUUCCCUCUCCAUCCCCACACUCUGUCCCAGCGGGAGAAGGGACGUCACCUCUCUGUGUGCCCCUCAGCACGUGCUGGGAUUCAUGGGAAGUGCUGGGGGCACGGAGAGCCAGGAGGAAAGGAGGAAUCAAGAAGCGGGGUAAACCCAACCCAACAGUGACCCACAAACAAGACCAUCACCACCACAAAAAGGGAAACUUUGUGGAACAUGGAACUUUUAUUUUAUGGAAUUCUACGAGGGGGUGGGACAGGGUGGGGGGGGAGGGAUGAGGGCCAGCAGCUCUCGGGUUUUUUGGAAGACUCUGGGCCACUUGAAGUGUUUCUAAGUUAAACCAGCGGCUGUGGCCACACGCUUUGCUUUUUAAUAA